CCUCCCUCCCACUCGCUUUAGGACGUGACUGUAUCUGCAUCGGUGUUCGCGUUAAAUCAUGGCUAUUGUGUGAAUGGGAAAAGCCACUACCGUCUCUGUAUAUGACUGAUCCGAGUCAUAUGAUCGCAAGUACGAUCGAGGGCUGUCUUUAAUUUGAAUUAGUCAAGGAUAAACUGUUUUUAUUCGCCGCUGGCUGGGCUGGCAGUAUAUGAAAAUGGACCAGGCGGCGAGCCGCUACCAAGUGUUGCACAAUGAGGACGAUCCCUCUGAAGGGGCCUCUGGCACAGAACCGUCCACAUCCUCCCGGGCCGCUGUCGCAGACAUCGUGGAUAUGGAAGCUCCGCCUCCUCCUUAUACCAGCGUGGCGCUCGGAGCAACAGCUGCACCAGAGAGCACAUUUCCGGGGGACUUCCCCGUUCCUCCCCCAUACAGCGUUGCCACGUCUCUGCCCACUUACGAUGAGGCAGAGAAGGCCAAAGCGGCAGCCAUGGCUGCUUCAGCGGUGGAGGUCAUUCCACGAGAUGAUGAUUUUCCGGUUCGGGAUGACUUCAGUGACGCUGAUCAGCUGAGGGUGGGAAACGAUGGAAUCUUUAUGCUGGCCUUUUUCAUGGCCUUUCUGUUCAACUGGAUUGGGUUCUGCUUGUCUUUCUGUUUGACCAACACCAUUGCUGGCCGAUAUGGUGCCAUCUGUGGCUUUGGCCUCUCUCUUAUCAAAUGGAUCCUCAUUGUGAGGUUUUCAGAUUACUUUAAUGGAUACUUCAAUGGGCAGUACUGGCUCUGGUGGAUUUUCCUGGUUCUUGGACUCCUGCUGUUCUUCAGAGGGUUCGUGAACUACCUGAAAGUGCGUAACAUGUCAGAAAGCACGGUGUCUUCACUCCGAACCCGCUUCUUCCUCCUGUACUAGAGGUCGCCUCACCAAAACAUUCCUUCCUAAUGUGAAAUUCCUUGAUGAUUUGCAACCCAUCAAAUGAACUGGACUGGAUCCCACUGAGGGGAAGAGGAAGAAGAGAAAAAAUCAAAUGAGUGUCUCUGCCAAACGUUCUGAACUGAACUCGGUAAAAGCAGAAGGUUUUUCUGCAUUCUGAACGAGUGCAAAUCAGCUCUUAAUAUCCAGUUUUUACAUCAUAACUCCCAGUUGGCCUCAGCCCAUAAACUUCUGGUUGAAUACUAGAUUUGGACAAGACAAAAAAAAAGUCCCUUUAUGGUUCAUCUUUCCAUACACUGCAUGCGGAGUAAUGAAUUUGUGUAUUUGGGUUGGAAAUAUGCAGCCAAGACAUCCUAUGCAAUGUCUUUUACCAAACUAGUUUAGCAGACUUAGACGGAUGAAACUAGACUAGUUUAAUUCUCUUUGCUUCGUUGCAUCGAAGGCAUUGGCAUAUUUGAUUGCAUUGCAGUAAAAAUAUACCAAGUUUAGAUAGAAUAUAAUGCGUAACUUAGCUAACGGCGAUGUAAAGUACAGAUGCACAGUUUCUCUUCUUCUUAAGUUGUGUCUCGCUUAACUUUAUAGUAAAUGAUUAAGAAAUUUCAUUGAUGUGUUUCAAACUGGAAACGGAAUUUGUACUUAUCCUAAAAUAUAUAUUUGCCUUUUGCACCUGUUUUUUUUUUAAUGGUUAUUGGUUUUUUCCUAGCUGUGACCUGCCUAGAUGACUUUAGUUACUUGAAUGCCUGAAUGCAACUGUCAUUUGUUUCUAUUAAUCACAAACCUCUUAGCAAUAUCAGAUAUAUAAUAAAAAAAACAAUGCAUGCAACUUGGUUACAGCAGUUUAAACAAUUAAUCCAGUAAAAAAUAAAAUAAAAUAAAAACUUAGGAAACAAAAGAUAACUUACAUUUAUGAAAUGUAUGUAACCCAAACAAAGCAACCUUUGUUGGAAUAAUGAUUUUGAAUUUUCUCUGAUUGCCAGAGAUGAUUGUGUGCUAUGUUUAUUCUCUUGUCUUGCAUAAUGCCAAUAAAAUUUGAAGUCUAAGAUACA